UCUCUAAGCCUCUCUUCUCCUGUCUCAGGGAGAAAGGAAUUCUCCAAGCCCUAGAGCCUGACUCACUCGCUGUGUGAGCAUGAAUUAACCAGGAAUGUUCGAGAAUUAUUCCUGAAUAAUUCAUGAACCUGAAUUAAUCAUGCAUUUUCAUGAAUUAUUCAUGAAUAACUCAUGGAAAUGCAAGGUUUAUUCAUGCUCCAAAAAACCCAAGGCUUUUUCUCUUCUCUUCUGCUCUCUCUCCCUUGGGGACAGCAGGUGGGAGCUUUCCAAGCCAGACAAAGGAGACCUGACAAGGACCUGUGGUGAAGGGACAAGCCCAAGGCAAGGAAGUGUCCGGUCACCUCCUCUCCUGGAUCAGGCAGCAGAGAUCUGGACAGACAGGAGACAUCUUGCACGACUCAACACCUGGAGCAGUGCUAACCAGGCAAGGAGCAGCUCUGCUGCUAUCAGGAUUGUGAUCUCUCUCUUUUUUUCUCUCUCUCUCUGUUUGUGAUUUUGUGUAAUUUUGCUGUAUUCAUAAGGGUAAAUGAACAACUGGUUUGGGGAAGGAAGAUGAGUGUGUUUUCUUUAAACGUUAAAGGAAAACCCCUCCAGAGAGCUGUUUGGGCUGGGGUUGUUUGCUGUCUGGAAUGUGGAGCUCUGUUUCUGGGAGGGAGAGGGCUCAGCUAUGCAUUUAUCCCAGUUUCUGCUCUGUAGCAUUCCCUGUGUUUGGGAGAGGGCUGGGGGCAGCUGCCUGCUGCAGGGAAGGGGAUGUGGGGAGACAGGCACACAGAGAUUUUGUGUAUGGUGCUUCCUGAUGAAAAAUCAAUGCCAGGGUGUGUAUCAGUCAGGAGAAAAGGCUUGGAGAGAAGCAGGUGUGAGACUGUGCCAGCAGGGCAGACUGGCAGGUUUGGGGAGAGUUAUGAUUCCUGCAGGGAGCUUUGCUGCAGCUGAUGGUGGCUGAGAUAGGGAUGGAGAAAGUUCUCCAGGGUGAACUUGGACCUUCUAAGUGAGAGGAGUCAGAUCCAGGCAAGACUUGAAUGGAGGUGUGGAGAUAAAACAAAAAACUGGAAUAAUUUGGGUCCUAGCUGCCUUUUCAGCUCCAACUCUCUGCCUGCCCCAGCUCCCUCCCAUCUUCUUUGGACUCUGUAGCCAUUCCCCAACUGGUGCCAGCACAUGGGCUCAGCCCUGUCCCCAGAACCCUUCUGCCAAAUCCUGCUGCCAAGCAGAGCAGGCAGGACUGGGGUGAUGCUGCCAGGGCCCUUAGGAGCUGGAAGGAAACUGCUCCUGACCUCAGCAGCCCUCAGCUGCUCCUCUGGCACGGGAGGUUUUGGAAAUCCCCACCAGCCUGGCUCUCCAGUUUCUCCAGUGAUUGAAGUCUGCAGCUCCAGGGGCAGAAAGAGAAAUCUCAGUGGGCAGAGCAGUGGGCCAGGACUUAGGAUCCAGCUCCUUUCAGCUUUGUUGCUUGACUGCCUUAGACAUAUCCAACACUGGUCUGUGCCUCAGUUUCCCCAUGGGUGAAACGGAGGGAAUUUUCUGUUCUCCUUAUCAAAGCAUUUUGAUGUUCACUGGGGGAAAUAAUUGUGCGGCAAAGGAAUUUCAUCUCCUGGAAUACCCCUGGGUCUUUUUGAGUUUCUUCUCUGCACUGCCUUGAUACCACACAGACACAGCCCUGCACUGGAGCAAACUGCAGUAGAUCCACUGAAGUCCUUUGAGGAGAGGAACCAGCCUGUGUCUGCUCAGAGCCUUGUUCAGCAUCUGCUCAAGGUGUCAGCUGUGAGGGCUGCCUGAUCCCAGGUGAGACCUGGCAUGGCUGUCACUGCAGAGGACACUUGGAUGCACUGGAGGCAUGUGGUGCUGAGCCCAGCCAGACCCCAGACAGCCUCCCAGCAAAGGGCUUUAGGAUGAGGCAAGCUCAGAGGGCUGAGAAUGGGAACAGAGAAAUAACUGGCAGAGAAAAGGCAGUGCCAAGCAUUUUAUAUCUGCACGUUGUGCUGCCCUGGGUAAAGCACAGCUUGUGAACACUCCCACCCACAGGAGAGCCCAGACCCCUGUGGUGACAUUCCCAUGCUGUCCCCCUGCUCCAGGUGGGCAGCCCUGAUGUCAGGCAGGCUGUACGUGCUCAUCAGCUGGCCCGACGGCAGCCGGGUCAUCAGCAUGGAGAACAUCAAGGAGCCCCGCAAGCCCUUCCACCUCUACAGCGUGGGGGAGCAGGUCCUGGCCCGCUGCCCUGGCUUCAGUGGGCUCUACUGGGGUGUGGUGGAAGGCAUCAGUGAGAAUAAAGGUGUUUUGGAGAAGAAGCUGCUGGAAGAUCGACAGCUCCUGGAGAAGCUAAAAGAAGAACCAGCUGUCCACAGCAUGGUGCCAUCCCCACCAAAAAAAUCCAGGAAGACCUUUCCAAAAUGGACCCCAGGGAAUGCAUCCAGGAAACACCCCAGUGACAGGACCUGUCCUGCAAAGCCACUGCUGAGGGUGGCUGAGGCCAGCCUGCCCCACGAUGCCAGCAGCUCCUCCAUCCUCAAGGACAGGCGUGUCCUGGGAAGCGUGGCAGGGAGCCCCCGCUCGCUGGCAGCUCCCCCCCACCCAGCCAGUGCCUUCACACCUCCCUCCUCCUUCAUCACCAUGGCCAUGCCAGGGCCAGGCACUUCCCAGAGUGAAGAGGACAGGGCUGGUCCAGCUGCCAGAGAUUAUGUUGCCCUUCCAAUGAAGAGGAAGUCAGAUGGCAUCUUGUCCCCGUGCCAGCAGCAGAUCUGCCUGAGCAGCCGUGAGGAGCGAAAGAUUGAUGCUUUGCAAGAGAUGGAUGGCUUUGAGAGGGCUCACAAAAAUUUCAGUCCUGCUGAGGUAGAAAGGGUGGAGAAGAUGGAGCAGCUGGAAAGGAUGGUGCUGGACCUCCAGCAGGACAUCCUCUCUCUGAAGAAGAAGGUGCAGAGGCUGGAAUCCCUGUCCUUCCAGGAGGAGCCCCACCGACAGCCGUGUGAGGUGGUGGAGCUCUUCAACGGCUACACCAAGGAGCAGCUGAAAGAGACCAUCAGGUUUGACCAGAAAAUCAGCACAGCCUGCAAGACUCUGCUCUACAAGCUCUUCACCUCUGACUACAUCCAGAGCCACUCCAUCACGGGGCGCAGGGGCAACACCUUCCGCGAGGCGAAGCCCAUGAUGGACGAACGCUGCAUCAAAAUCAUCAGGGUGCUGCUGAAGCAGAAGUUUGGGGAUCACCUCAGUGACACUGUGAUCACAGAGAAGAUCCAGAACGUGCAGAAAGCCCUGAGGCAGAAGUUUAAGACAGAGUGUCUCUGAGGUGUAGGGGAUUUGAUGUCUCCUCCUGCCAUUCCUGUGUGUGUCCCUGAGCAGCUUUCCCAGGAGAGAUGAGCCGAGCAGCUGCUGCUCAGUAGAUUUCCCCCAGGGAGCCAGCCCAAGUAAACCAUGUGCUAAGCACAGCUCAAACACUGCCAAACUUCUGCUUCCAUUAACCAAGCAGGAACUGGGCCCAACUUGGCUCAGUUUUUGCACUCUACAAGUUCCUUCCCAUCCAACCUGUGUGCAAACCUCACUGUGGGUGCAUGGAAUCACCUCUGUGACUCUGAUGAUGUGCUCAAAGGCUUCAGGGCUCCAUUUGGGUCCAAGAAUGGCUCAGGAAGGUCGCCCUGUUCCACACUGCAGAUAUGUUGUCUUUAGGAUAGGGAAUCCAGCUGCAGACAGGCUGUGUCACCCAAUGCAGCUUCUCUCUGUCUGCCUCUGGUUGCCUCAUUCUGCCUGUGGGACAAUAUUUACUCUUUCCUCACAGUGAAUGUUUUAUUUCCAGCACUAACAAAAAGGCAGACUCAUUAAAAUAAUGUCUUAAAACA